AUGGAGACCUCUCUUCUCUCCUCCGGUUUUCCACCCCUUUCUUCUACUACAGCUGCUGUUCCGGUCUCUCUACGCAACUGGAACCAAAUAUUUGCUCCAGAUUCCUCGUCUGCUCCCAAAGUCUUCAACUUUUCGCACCAUCCUUCGGAGCCGGAGGUUAUUCCUUUUUCAAGUGACAAGCUUGCAAAAGGAGGUGAUGACUGGAGACUUUGUCUUGUUGGCUACUCUAUCGGUCGGAGGCCCUUUUAUGAAGCUCUGCUGGGAGCGAUCAACAAAACGUGGACUCUAAAAGGUUCUCUGCAACUUCUCUCAUUAAGUGAUGGUUUUUUCCUUUUGCGUUUUUCUUGUGAAGAGGAUUAUGAUAUGGCAUGGUCAAAAGGAGUGUGGUUUUUGCUUGGUAAACCCUUUGUUCUCCAAAAGUGGCAUCCUAAAUUUAAACCUAAGAGGGAAAACUUUGCCUCUGUCCCUAUCUGGGUUAAAAUCCACGACCUCCCUCUUGCUUGCUGGAAUUCGGAGGGUAUCUCGAGAAUUGCCAGCAAGAUCGGGGUUCCGGUGGCUGCUGAUCAACUUACGGAGCAAAAAACUAGGCUCACCUUUGCUCGGGUUUGUGUACUUGUUGACUGUAAUGCUACUUAUCCUGAUGUUAUCAAAGUUUCUCUGGACGGGGAUAUAGUUGAGUUGAAGGUUCAAUAUGAAUGGAGACCGGUGCCUUGUGAGCAUUGCAAAUCUCUUGUCCACUAUUCUUCUUCAUGUCCUCAAAAUCCUAAACCUGCUGCGAAUGAUCAGGUAAAUGAUUCCUCCAAAACCCGUGGAAGAAGUUUCAGUAAGAAACCUACUAAUCGUUAUCCGUCGAGACCCCCCACAAACAACAGACCCCCUCGGUCGGACUCCAGGCCUAAAGAUUCUACCACUCCAUCUAUAGCUGGACCCUCCAAUAUUCCAUCUUCACCUAAGCACUUGAACAGUAUUGGACAACCUUUACAUUAUCAAGUUCACUCCCCUCCUCCUUCGACUUCUAAGGAUAUUCCGCAGUCUAAUUCUUUGGCUGAGGAAUUGCCGUCCCGUAUGCUCCCUUAUGUGGAACCAGCCAGCAAUACCUUUGUGGAUCCUGUGACUGAUCCUAUCGUUGCAAAUAUCCCAAAUCUUAACAUACCUACUGAAGAAAUCUCUGAUUCUUCAUCCUCUAUGAUGAACAUUACCCACAAACAAUCUACUGUUAUUACCUCACCUAAUAAGUUUGAGAUUUUAAGCACUCAAAUUGAAUCUGAUCAGCAGGAUGUUUUGAUUUCAGGUAAUGAUUUUGCUGACAACUCUCAUAAGCAAUCCGGGAAAAGCAAGAAGCAGCCAAUGGUAGAAACAUCCAGGAAAACUGCUAAGGGAAAGCAGAACAAAAAAUCCCAAUCUCAAAAUACUUCCUAA